CUCAUCUCUUUCUCUCUAAACGCCUCCACCUUUUCCCUUCCGCGCUGAAAAAACCCUAACUUAUAACGCCUCGACCUUCAUUUUCGUUCAAUUGAACACAGGAAAUUGAAGAGACAAAUAGUUAUUUCAUAUCAUCUCAACUAUCUCUUCGUUCGAUUGAACACAGCCUCGAUUCCUCAUCUUCCAGACUUCCACCACCGAAGCUUUACUCUUUCUUUUGUUUUUUCUUCCAAUUCCUCACCCUUAUAAUCGAGAUUAGGAACUAGUUCGUGUAGGUGAUGCUGAUAGAGGAAACAGGCUUCGAGAAGACGUAGAGAUGGGGAGUUUAAUUUGAAAAGUUAGGGUUUUGAAUUUUAUUGAAGUUUCAAUUUAGUGAUAAACAAGAAGAAAUUAGAGAUUGGGUUUGGUGAUUUGAGCAUUAUAAAUCGAUAUGUUGAGAUAAAAUUGGAGAAACAAGUGAGAUCAGAGGAGGAAAUUUAGGGUUCUAAGAAUAGAUGAUGGUGAUUGAAAAUAAAAUUGAUAGUUAGGGUUUGAAGUGAUGAUUCAGAAGUUCAAUCGAGGCAAAACAGGAAAUCAAAAUCAACUCCUUCAAUCUAACAGUUUGGAUAAAGAUUUGUCAGUGAGUCACUCAUGUGUGGACAAAUGUGAAUUUUUUGCUCUGUGUAUUCCAAAUAUGGACAAAAGGGGGGAUGAAUGAGGAGACUGAUGGAAGAUCUAAGAAGACGUGAUGUUGAUCUAACUUUUCGUUUCCAACUUUUUAAUUAGGGCAAGGUGAAGGUUCUGUCAAGGAGACGAACCUCGUGAAUGAAACAGUCAGGUUUGCCAUGGAGUAUACUGAUGCAAGUCCUAUCGGUAAAAGAGUGUCGUGACAAUUUUUUUCUUUAGAAGUAUUUAUGAUAUGGGUAGCUGCAUAAUCUUAUAAUACCUGGUUGGUGUAAGUUAAACUUCUUGUUUAUUUUUCUCAUUUGUUGUAGAUGAGUAUGGGUGAAAACUCCAACAACGCAGCUGGGCUUCUACCAAAUCCUGUCGCUGAUCCUCAAACUGGAAUGCGGGUAGGAUUAAUAAACUCCAUACUACUCAUUCAUGGGCGUUCCUCGAAGUCAAUGUUAUUCCACAGUAUAAUCAACUGGUAAGGAAUCCAAACCUGAAGUGAUCGUUGGCAUCCGAGAUUCUGGAAGAUAUGCAGCUGAAUUGCCAGUUCAUUCAUAGUGUAUUGAGUACUGAUAUGGAAGCGCUUCAAAAUUUAACUGCUGAAUGUGAUUUGGAUUCAAAACAGGGGUCUGAUUAUGGUGAGAAAGAAGUGGUGGAAGGGAAUGUGUUAAUGUUGGAGUGGUUGGCUGGCUGGUUCUUGUGUGUGUCUGUGUUGGCGGUGGUACUCUUGUACCUGGAGGUUAGCUGCUGGUUGUGUUGUCUUUAUGCGCAUCUCAACUUCAUGUCCAGGUUGAAUUUUGUUGGAGGUCCUAUGUGUUGGAAUACCCGUACAUUUUCUGCAUCAGCCGUUGGCGAGGCCUUCUGUAAUGGACAGACAAGCCAUGUUAGCGAAACUGAUCGGGUGGAUAGAUCUCUUCUAGUGACUGAAUUUGGAUAUGAACAUGAUGAUGCAUGGGAAACAAAUAUAUAUUUAAAUAAUUUACUGAUAUCAGCAGGGUCUUGCGUAUUGAAUGCCAAACGCCGGAAUUACAUGAACUGGUAACUUUGUCUAAGCUCAUCAUAUGGUAUUAUUGAGAAGUUAAGCUUGGUUUUAUUUGUUCGCAGCUCACAGUGUUGAUGGCUUUAGAUUAUUUACGGUUAAAUUUUUGUACCUGGGUUUCUGUAAUGAAUACAUGGGUCACAGUAUAAUGUGGAUGAUUUGUAGAUUGAGAAUCGGAGUGUAUAUGAAAAAGAAGAAAGUGCAGGUCUGUGUGUCAGUUUUAAUUGUAUUACUGGAAGCCCAUUUAAUUGUAUUGCAGGCCUUUAAACUGGAAGCCCAGGUCCACCAUAGUGACCCGGGCUAUCCAUAUUUUUUUA